UUUUACAAACCACCUCGAGUUUGCAAACUCGCUCACUCACAGGACAGGGGAGCCAGUUGCACUUUUUCUCUCAGCCAAUAAGAUUUUUUCAACGGUUGAAGGCGGGGCUUUAUGUUCUUACAUUCAUAAACGGAUGUAACGAGAACUGGUGAUGAAUGUACUUACAGUAGACCCGAGGCAGGGCGGCGUUGUCUCGCGCACCAUGGCGGAAGAAGACGAUAAGGGAGUUCGGAUUUUACAGAGCCUCCGGGGAAAAAUUUGUGAAGCUAAAAAUCUACUUCCAUACCCUGGACCAAACAAGAUGAGAGACUGCUUUUGUACAGUAAGUCUAGAUCAAGAAGAGGUCUUCCGUACCAAAGUAUUUGAAAAAAGUUUAAGCCCCUUUUAUGGAGAAGAUUUUUACUUUGAAAUUCCAAGAAACUUUCAGUAUUUAUCUUUCUACGUUUAUGACAAAAGUGUUUUCCAAAGGGAUUUACCACUUGGUAAAGUAGCCAUACGAAAAGAGGAUCUGAACAAGUAUAGUGGAAAAGAGCAUUGGUUCACUUUACAGUCCAUUGACCCAAACUCAGAAGUGCAGGGCAAAGUUCAUCUUGAGAUGAAGCUUCAUGAACUAAUCACAGAGACUGGUUCAGUGUGUCAGCAGCUCGUAAUAAGGGUAAUUGAGUGUCAAGGAUUGCCUCUUAUCAAUGGGCAGAGCUGUGACCCUUAUGCCACUGUAUCUUUAAUUGGACCAUCUAGAUCAGAUCAAAAGAAGACUAAAGUAAGAAAGAAAACAAGCAACCCACAAUUUGAUGAAACAUUCUAUUUUGAGGUCACAAGAUCGAACAGUUACACAAAGAAGUCUCAAUUCCAGGUGGAAGAGGAAGACAUUGAGAAACUUGAAAUUAGGGUGGACAUAUGGAAUAAUGGUAAUCUAGUGCAGGAUGUGUUUCUAGGAGAAACAAAGAUCCCUGUGAAGAAUGUGAAAAGUGGUGCUUCACACAAGGCCUGGUAUUUAUUACAACCAAAGGACAACGGUAGUAAAACUCCUAAAGCUGAUGAACUUGGAUCACUGCGGUUAAAUAUAACCUAUAUUGAAGAUAUUGUCCUUCCAUCCAUGUAUUACAUUCCAAUGAGAGAUCUACUGCUCAAAUCCCCAGAUGUUAAGCCUAUUUCAGCUUCAUGUGCUCACAUCCUGGGUGACAUCUGCCGUGAUAGAUACGAAGCUGUCUUACCUGUUGUGCGGUUACUUUUGCAUUAUGGCAAACUUGUUCCAUUUAUCACUGCUAUUGCUGAAGUGGAGCUUGAGCAGACCCAGGAAGCAAAUACAAUUUUCAGAGGGAAUUCACUUGCCACUCGUUGUCUUGAUGAUAUGAUGAAGAUUGUUGGGAAGCACUAUCUAACAGUUACAUUGAAACCUGUUAUAGAUGAGAUAUGUGAUACUAACAAACCAUGUGAAAUUGAUCCAGUUAAAUUUAAAGAAGGAGACAAUGCUGAUGUAAAUAAGGAUAACUUGCACUAUUAUGUGAAAAAAGUCUUCAAUUCCAUCCUCCAGUCAAGCAUGAGCUGCCCUACAUUGAUGUGUGAUAUAUUUUAUGCUUUGCGACAAAUGGCAGCCAAACGCUUUCCUGGUGACCCUCAUGUACAGUAUUCAGCAGUCAGCAGCUUUGUCUUUCUGCGUUUUUUUGCUGUAGCUGUCUUAUCUCCUCACAGUUUCCAGCUGCGCUCUCAUCACCCAGAUGCACAAAUGUCUCGAACAUUAACCUUAAUUUCAAAAACCAUCCAAACUUUAGGAAGCUGGGGAAGCCUGUCUAAAAAUAAAUUGUCAAGCUUCAAGGAGACAUAUAUGUAUGAUUUCUUCAAAUCAUUUCAAGAUGAGACAUAUAUUGAAGAAGUUAAAAAGUUUCUAGAUGAAAUUUCUUCUACUGAAAGUAAAGAAUCUAGUGGAGUUGAGGAGACAGUGAUUCUGAAAGAAAGUGAGGUUCACAGAAGAGUUCAGGGGAAAAAGGGAUUUUUAAGAUCAAACUUCAAGAAGCAGUGGCUACGGCUGACCACCAGAGAACUCACAUACCACAAACAUCCAGGAAAACAGCCACUAAAAAUCAUUCCCAUUAAAAAUAUUCUGGCAGUGGAGAAAGUGGAUGAGAAUGCAUUUAACAGGAAAAAUAUGUUUCAGAUAAUUCAUACGGAAUCAUGGCUUUAUAUUCUGGCAAAUAAUUGUGUGGAAGCCAAUGAGUGGGUGGAAGUUCUCAGCCGAGUCAGUCGCUGUAAUCAAGGCAGACUAAACUUUUACCAUCCUUCAGCUUACGUCUGUGGAAGCUGGCUUUGCUGCAAGGCCAAGUCUGAAGGACAAACAGGCUGCAAGCCUUGUACUGCAACAAUGCCUGAAAAUGUUGAACUUGAUAUUGAUUGCGAUAGAGAAACUGAGAGAAUUUUUUCAUUAUUCAUAUCAAACUGUUCAAAGCUACAUAAAAUGGAGGAUGCUUGUGCAACCAUAGCUGUGUACCAAGGUCCACAGAAAGAUCAAGAUGAUUAUUCUAAUUUUAUAAUUGAAGAUCCACGGGAAACUUUUAAAACUUUAAAAAGUAUUCGAGAAGUUACAGAAAAGCUACAGGAGCACCAUGAUAUGUUCAAAGAGAAACGAUCGACUAUUGCAACAUAUGGCAGUGAGGAAAAUCCUAUUGUGGGGAAGCUUUUACAUCCUGUAUGAAGAAGCAGAAUUAUGCCUUUGUGGAGACACCUGGAAUUCCUUAUUUAAAUGACUACCACUAUCCAUUAUGGUCAGAAACACUGAAUGUGUUUUUCAUUUUGCACUGACAAUGCAGCUACUGAGAGAAAACUCUGCUUAAAUCUAAUGCCAUAUAUCAGACCGGAUUUCCCUUUAAUGGAUGUUGUGUAUCUAAGAAUUUUGGCUUUUUAUAUUGAAUUGUCUUUUAUAAGACAGAUGCUCUUUUUCUUUUAUUUUAGUGCAAUUGAAUAUAAGAUGGCAUGCAUUUUGUUUUGACUUUCCUAAAAAAAUACAAAAUAGCAUCAGACAUUUUGUGCACAUUCAUUAGUCUUGUUAAGUAAUGGGAUCUAAGUUGCUGCUAAGGUAAAUUGGUUUUCUUUAAUGUUCUGUUACAGUAAAGAUUUUAAAAUGUGCCAGUAAUUAUGAAGCCUUAAUAUAAAGCUUUAUAAGGGGAAUGAAAAUGCUUCGAUUUACAGCUUGUGUGUUACAAUUUUCUUGUGUAUUUUUGAUAUUUGUUGCUGACUGAGAAGAGAAAUGAUGCGCCUUAUUUGUGAUUUAGCUGAUUUGUGUUAAAUUAUUUUAAUUGUUUACUUUUGCCAUUCCUUUCAUGAAAACAAAAUUGAAUUUCAAAAUUUGCACUUUAGAUAUUUGGAGUACUCCGAAUACAAACUUUUCAGAUACUUUGUAUCUAUUUAAUUUUGAUCAGUUACAUGAUCUGACUCCUGUAAAAACAAUUGUAGUUGUAUGUAUAGAUAUGUAUUUGCAUAUUGUUGAUUUUUUAUAACAUUUUCUAAUGCCAAAGCAGAGCUUUUUGUCAUUUAAACUUGAAACAUGUUUUGUCUACUUAAGAAGUGACAUUUUGAAAAGGAUUAAAUGGAUUCUGUGGAUAUUUGCUUUAAGAAUAAGCUUAUGUUAUUCAGGCCAUUGGUGGUAAUAUGCUGUUUUCUAGCCAUUUAAAAGCUAAUAUAGAUUUCUCUCAAAACUACGUAAAAGAAACCUACCUGAGAUGGCACACAAUUUUUAUACAAUUGGUUAGACCAAAAUUUUUAAUUUGUUUACCCAAAAGUGAUAAAUGUAUAUUAAAUUUAAAAUGUUGCACCUACCUUCCUGUGAGCAAAUAUUUUACGCUAAGUGCCAAGUUAAAGUUAUCGUACAGAAAAUUGAGAUUUGAAAACAUCUAUGUAUAGUAGUAGUUGACCCAUCAGAUAAUGUGCCAAAAUGUUAUUUUCUUUCAUUGUUAUAGUUUGUUGAACAGAUAAACAUCAGUGUUCCACAUCCACAUAAAAAAAAAGUUCUACUUAGAAAGUUUUUUUGUUUUUUAUUAAUUAUUGCUAAGUGACAAUGCAGCUUGAGUGUAGUACUAAACCUUCUUUAGAAGCCAAUUCUUUAGAUUUUUUUAUAACUAACUUGUUUUUUAAUAGUCCCUCAUUGUUUUUGGAGAUAGCAUAGUGUAGUUUUAUCAUUAUGUUCAAAUUAUGCCAUGGUAUUUGUGCAUUAACUGCCCCAUAUAAAUGUGCAAAAAACAGUGGGCAUAGUUACACUACAGAUUCUUAAUUGGAUUAAUUGACAUACUUUAUUGAAAUUGGUCCUCAACCAUAUCAGAUAUUCUUGUUAGGGUUAUCUCAAUAGCAUUUAAUCAAUUUUGGACAGCCAUAUACAGUGAUUGAUUGUAUGCACCAGCCUGCAUUGCAGGGCAAUCAGCAAACAAGUUAUGUUUUUUAUAUUUUGAACUUUAGUAAUCGUAUUAACUGGAAAGGAAACCUAUUAGCCUCCACCCAUAGUCAAGCACUUAUGUUUAUAAAAGAAGCAUUUAAUAAUUGUUUAAUGCUUAUAUUCCACUAGCUCCGUGGCAGUGUUGUUUAUGUCUAAAUAGUUUGCUUCAACUGAAUUUCAAAUUAUGUGCUGUAUGGAAGAAGUAAAACCUUCCUGCCUUGCAGCAAAGGUUUUCUUCAGCAGUGUGUCCAUUCAUGAUGCACUAUCCAUAUAUACAGUACAGUACAUAUAUAUAAAAUUCAAUAUAUAUUCCUCUUGUUUUGAACUCCAAUAAUUUCAUUUGCUUUACUAUGCAGUAGAUACUUCAUAUGCAUAACAUCAUUCAGAAGACAAGUAUAUUAAAAUAACUAGUGAAACAGGGUCCCUUAGUUUUCAGACUCAAGCAUAAUGUACCCAAGAAUUGAGGAAAUAGGUUUAAAAGACUUAAAAUAAUUUCACUACAUAACUUGAACAAUUGCUGAAAUAUGCUCCAGUAUAGUUCACAAGUGCACUUGGCAAGCUGCAGUUGACCUUUGCCAAAAUGUCAGAAUAAAGUCAUAAUGUAAGAGAUUCUAUCGGUUCUGUAGUGCGUGCAGCUCAGUUUAUUUUCCACCCUCAGAGCCUUUGCAUCGAUUUAGAACUAUAAUGCAAUAUGGCACAAGUGUGCAUGCUCAGGCCCUGGAUGUAAUACAUUUCAGUUUUUAAAAGUAGAAUUGUGGCCUCUGCCAACAAGGUCAGCUGGUAGCAAUGGAUGCAGUGUGUUUCAUAUUUUUAAAUCCUAUAAACUGCCAGUGCUUUCCUUAGUUGCUUUUGAACUGGCAGAGAAAUUAAAAGAAGCACUUCAACUUUUUAUUAAUCUUAAACCUGUUUAAAGCUUAUUUAUAUUAGAUCAGAAAAUACAAAAUUGUUUUUACAUAACACAUUCAAUAUAAAUAUAAAAAGCUUUACUUUAAGUACUAUGUUCUAACCUAAAAUUACGGUGUAACUAUUUUUAUAAAUUAUUGCUUGCUUUUGUUAAUAAAUAUAAUAAUCGUGAAUCCUUCUUUGCCUACUGCAUAAAAAAAGUCAGUUCCCUCAAAAAGAAAAAACAAAUAGGCUACUGGAAUCACAAAAUUUAUUCUAUUUUUUUACCUAGUAUGUGUGGUUUUCUACAAGGCAAUGUAUGGAAUACCAGCAUGUGAUUUUAUUAUAUUCUAUAUGUUACAGCAUAGGGAUUUACGUGCUGCCUUUGACUGAGUGAUUGAACAUUGGCAUCUACAUUCACAGGUUCAUUCAGACAUGACUUUAUUCUUCUCUACUGAUGCUUACCAGCAGCUCCAGGAAGUAAGCCUUAUUACUAUGUCAUUUGCAAUAUAUAUAUAAACCCAUGCCCUCGCCUAUGAAGGUAAAGUUUUCAUAAUAACAGCAGAAUAUUGCUUAAAACAUUCUGUGCCCCGUGCAAGAGGAUCUUUUUACUGUUGCAAUCAUGGCUCAUUUCAUUUUAGUCUUUAAAGUGAGAAGAGUUCUCAGGCUUUUUGGUACUUACUUGGUAGGCAUGCUUGCAGUCAGACAUCCAUUAUUAGGCUUUUAUAUUAUACCAAGGGGGAAAAAAACAAAUCUCAGAUAGGGAUAGUGUAAUAUGUCUGCCUAAAAUGCUAUAUGUGCCUUGAAGAUGGGAU